AUGACACAGGCCGGUUCCACAGCAGAAAACGGACCUGAAGACAGGAAACAGGCCGUGAAAGCACUUAUAGAUAAGCCUUGGUUCCAGGAAGCCUACAAAUCAUCACUGGACUUCCAUUCCAAAGAUGAUGUUCUAGACACCAAAGAUAGACUGGAACUUUCGCAGAUUUAUGUGUCGAUCUCCAGGGCACAAGUUUGGGGUGGAUGGGCUAGUUUUGCUGCUGUUUUUGGUGCUCCAUUUGGCUACCAGUAUUACAAGACGAAAGCCAUUAGAGGUGUAAAAGUUCCUAGGAAUUUUGUUUUCGGACUUGUAGCCAUGGCCUUUUCGGCGCGGUUUUGUGGAAAGGCGAUGUAUAACUCGCAGCUUUCGAAAAUGAGAUCCAAUGGUGGCAUUUCAGAGUCUAGUGGUUCAAAAUGGAACGAGCCUGGGGAGGAAAUUAACGAAAAUAUAGAGGGUGCUUCAUCGUCACCGCAAAUCUCACGCAAUCAACGCCAAUACGAUAUGAUGAAUCUUCUGGGAUAUGCAAUGGCUCCCAAAUGGGCCAGAUAUUUUUACUAUACCUACACUAAUCCAGAAAGGAGGCUUCCAGACCCCAGAAAGCUGAUGGAAAAUGUGAGAAAUGGAGAAAUUCCCAACCUUUCGCCCUUUCUAAACCAGCGGGAUCCUUUGUCACUUUACUCAGGGCCUCGUCAUGAUGAGAAAAAGGGUAUUCCUCGUCUCGGGUCCGCCCCCAGUGAUUCAUCUAAUGAUACACUAAAAGGAACUAGUUCUGAAGAUAUCGAUCCCUUUGGACACGAGGAGAAAAAUACUAGGUCGAGCAAUCUUUCAUCAUGGGACAGAGUGCGUGACGAAAACGGUGUUUCUAAUGGAUCGAGAGGUGACAGAUGGUCUCAAAUAAGGUCUGCACCGGGACAAUACGAGCAAAAGCCGCAGCAAGACAGCAGGCCCUUUCAAGAUAAAAACGUUAGUGAAGACUCUGAAGACUUCGAUGCUCUUCUGGAGAAAGAAAGACGCGGCGAAGAUUCAUUAUAA